AUGGCCAUAUAUAGUAUAUUUUCAGAUUUCUACAGUUACUACUCCCAGUGGAAGCAUGGGAAGGUUCUCCUUGCUAUCACAUUAUCUUGGUUUUCCCUUGAUAUUGCAUUUUAUCAUGGUCUAGAUCUGAAUUCGAUUAUCCUCGCGGCUACUAACUGGACUGUGGGCAAGAAUGUUUACGACAUGCUGUACCGCAAUGCUGUCGGAAAUCUUAUCUUGAUCUGUGCUGGUGCUAUUCCUGGAUACUUGGUCACCAUUGCCAUCAUUGACAAAAUCGGACGGAAGCGUAUUCAACUCUUGGGAUUCCUCAUUCUAUUUGCCCUUUUUGCUAUUAUUGGCCUUGCUGACUUGAACAAUAAUGACAGCGGCCCAUUCUCUCUUUACGUUUUGACCCAGUUUUGCUUCAACUUCGGCCCCGUUUUCACUUACUUUUCAUUAAACUACACCUUCCAUCUCAUCUCCAACGUAACUCCCUGUCACAUUAAACUCGUCUCUACUCGACCAGAUCUUUAUGUUCGGUCUCAUCUAGACCUCCCAGGCUUGAUAUAG